AUGGCCUUCAAUGGACGUUAUGAGCUGCAGAGUCAGGACAAGUUUGCAGAGUUUAUGAAAGCUAUUGGACUCUCAGACGAUUUGAUCGAAAAAGGGAAGGAUCAAAAGAGCACUUCAGAAAUUGUCGAAACUGGAGACCACUUUAAGAUCACCGUCACAACAGGCAGUAAAGUGCUGGUGAAUGAAUUUACAAUUGGGGAGGAGACUGAUAUAGAAUCUCCUACAGGAGACAAAGUUAAGGCCAUAGUUAAUCGUGAUGGGAACAAUAAACUUGUCGCCAAGAUACAAAGUAUUACUUCAGUUACAGAGAUCAUUGGAGACCAACUAACAAAUACCAUGACUAUUGGCGACAUUACCUACAAACGAAUCAGCAAGAGAAUCAGUUGA